AUGGCUUUCAGCACGACGCAUCAAAGAAUCCUCGACAGUAAUAUCCGGCACUUAUAUAGUGGAUUACCUACCGAAAUACGUUUCCGGAAACCUGGAUUUAAACACAUUCUAGAUCCAGUGGCCCGGGCGCGUGAAGACAAAAAUCGCGCAGCGAAGAGAUUUCUCUGCAGAUAUUUGGAAUAUAAUGCUCAGUACGACAUUGAAAUCCCACGUGCCCCAGCAUUCAGAAUUGUUACUAGAGAACAAGCAGAUGCCAUUGUGGAUAGAGUUUCCAGACCCACUAGUAGCUGUAAACUGAAACGUGAAAUAUGCCCUCGUGAGCACCGUCGCCAGCUGAAGGACCUUUGUGCAGAUUGCGAACUGAACACAAUUUCUAGACCAGUUUCGCGUAAAGAAUUGCGUGACAUAAACAAACGGUUGUUAACUCCAACUAUUGCGACAAACGUAAGGAACAGCACACGUCCAUACCAAGAAUUUGUGCUCACGAAUGUUACCAACUCUUGUGAACGCGAGGCACGUCCUGUGUCUCAGCGAUGUCGUCUUCGGUUUGAACACGAGGAUGAAAGAGACACCGCCUUAAAGGUUACAACUUCCGCUGACGGUCGUUACAAUCUCUCAAUCAACAAUGUUACCUUUCUUACAAGUCAGAGGUUCUUUCUCAUCUCGAAUGGCACCACAUACGAGAGAACAAAUCUCACGCUUAAUUCGACAGAAAGAGGUUCAAGUACAGAUGAACUACUGGGGAACUACACCUUCACAAAAUUAGAAUACAUUGUUCCUCCACACAUGAGCAUAGUUGAAGCAUGGAUCAAAGAUUUCUCACCUAAACCUUUCAUUACAUUUGAAUUGCUCUACGUGGAUGGAAUAAACGGUACCCGAUCUGUAGAUUGUCCUGUCGUUAGUUAUCCACCUACUGGCACUUUUCUGAAAUGCUUUAACCAAACUUCCGCCGGAUUUCCAAGUUUUCAAGUUCAGUCUACCUCCGAGACUCUUGGUUACCUUAAUUUAGGUGGAAAAAUGGUUGGAGAUUAUGAAAAUCAACUUGGCAUUUUUAGUUCUAAAACCCCUAAGAUGACAGAUGGCAUCAAAAGUGGUCCUCUGGCUGUAUUCGAUGCUAUUGGGAAUACUAUUCUUAUUUCCCCAUUAAACAACUUUAUGGCGACUUCGAUGUGGCACGACCAAUCGCUGGGAGGGUCAGUAAACUGGGGAGUUAUGGGUGGUGUGGAUUCCAUUCCCAAAGGGUACAUUGUAAAAACGGUUGCAGUGGCUGCAUCUGGAAUAAAUAAAGCAUUUCAGGAAUAUGGACAUUUUCUUGAAUCACUCUACAAGACAAAAGCAAAACGACAACAGCUUCAGACCAAAGAUGUGUCUCUAAAUUACCUUGGCUAUUGGACAGAUAAUGGUGCCUAUUACUAUUAUCAUACAGAGACUACCACAAAUAGCGUAAAUAAAACCUACCAAGACACACUCAUUGACGUUCAAAAGUACAGCGAGUCUGUCAGGCUACCUUAUGGGUAUAUACAGAUUGAUUCUUGGUGGUAUUAUAAAGGAUUCCAGGAUUCAGUGAAGACAUGGGAACCCAGAAAAGAUGUUUUUCCUAAUGGGAUCGGGUUUCUGCAUAGGAAAACAGGUCUUCCGAUAGUUGCUCACAACAGAUAUUGGGGACGUGAUACAUCAUAUGCCAAGCAAAAUAAUGGAAAUUUCACUUUUAUUGUGGAGCCAAUUUUAUCACUGCCAGAUGAUGAAACAUUCUGGCCAAAUUUGUUUAGGACUUCAAAGAAAUGGGGUUUAGCAGUAUAUGAACAAGACUGGCUAGACAUCCAAACACUAGGUCUUGCCGCUCUUCAGACUGAUCUCUUUCUUGGGGAGAGCUGGAUGACAAGAAUGGGAGGGGCAGCGCAGGAACAGAACCUUACCAUGCAGCUUUGUAUGUCCCUCCCUCGUCACGCCCUAACCAGUGUUACUCUACCCGCCAUUACACAGGCAAGGGUGAGUCAAGAUUAUCAUUUAGAGCCAGAGCAAUGGCGGAUUGGGAUAUCGUCAAUGUUGGCGUCUGCUAUUGGUUUGGCACCAUACAAGGACACUUUCUGGUCUACACAUCAACAGACUGGUAAUCCCCGGUACCCAGAUAUCACAGAGCCCUACCCAGCACUGGAGGCGUUAGUGUCCACACUCAGUGCAGGUCCUGUAGGACCAGGAGACCAGAUAAAUAACUCUGACGUGUAUCUUAUUAUGAGAUGCUGCGAUGGAAAUGGUCGUCUGUUAAAACCUUCACGUCCCGCUACCGCCAUCGACAAACAAAUAAUUAAGGCUGCCAUACCGUCAGCUGACGGACCUGUUGGAGAAGUAUGGACAUCCUACACAACUAUUGUUUCUGACCGACCACGUGAAUUUGGUAUCCUUAUGGCAACCAAUCUAUCAUCCCCGUACACCAUCAGGAACUCAGACACUGGGUUCCCUGACAGUCUGAUGUCAUCUCUAGUAUUUCCUUUCGGCUCACCAGAAAUGUGGCAACCGUUCGAUGAUGAUCAUCCAUUGGUUCUCGACAACUGUACACGUGAGGACUUCUGCUUGUACUUAUUUAGUGCCAGAGAAACCGGACUGAAUGGGACAGAUAUUGUUAUAUUUGGAGAAAUUUCUAAAUGGGUGCCCAUGUCCCCUGAGAGGGUAACUAACAUUGUUCAUGCCGAAAUCAACAUGCUGCUUGGUGUCAGGGGUAAACCUGGAGAAACGGUUACCAUGGCAUUCUUGGUAAAUAACUCCAUUCGCCGAUCUACAUGUAAGAUUGGUACUUCAGGUACGGCGAUGUUGGAUGCAUUAUAUGGAUGCCGUUCAAGCAGUGCAACAUCUCAUCAACCGUUCGCCCCAACUUCAGAUUCGACAUCACAAAGUUUAUCCACAAAACAUCAUUCUUCGCGUCAACAAACGUCGUAUUUACCAACAUCUGAUCAGACAACACCUCGCUCCUCAGCUAGUAUCAUUUAUAAACAGUACAACUCGUGGCUCUUGAUAUCCAUGAUUAGUUUAGCAAUCAUUUAG